AGAAAAAAACCGAGCAAACCCCACAGAACAUUAGUUCCUCUAAGUGACCGGUUGCUACAGGAGGAACUACUUACAAGUUUGCAGAACGACCUGAUUUUGUCUUUUUUUUGCGAUCUAUACUUUCUGCAGAGUUGGGAGAUUCAUUCGUCGGCGCCUACUUGUGCUUCAUCCUGGCAGUUGCCAGUGGCUGGCAGAUUCAGGAAUAAAGAGGAUCGUUGUAUUCAAAAGAACAAGGAGAACAAAAAUAUGGGAUGUAUAAAAUCAAAAAGUAAAGAUGGAGGUCCUACACCUGGCACUGAUAUGAAGACCGCAAGAGUACGUAAUACUGAAAGAACUAUUUAUGUCCCAGAUCCAACGUCCAAUAAACAGCAAAGGCCAAAUUUAACUGGAGAAACAGAUAAGUUACCUGGACAAUGGAUACACAUGGAAACUGAAGAACGAGGGAAUAUUGUAGUUGCUCUGUAUCCAUAUCAGGGAAUCCAUCAAGAUGAUUUGUCUUUUAAAAAAGGGGAAAAAUUAAAAGUUCUUGAAGAUCAUGGAGAAUGGUGGAAAGCAAAGUCGCUGUCAACAAAGAGAGAAGGAUUUAUUCCAAGCAACUAUGUAGCAAAAUUAAACACGCUUGAAACAGAAGAAUGGUUCUUCAAAGAUAUCACAAGGAAAGAUGCAGAGAGACAACUUCUAUCUCCUGGAAACGCCCCAGGGUGUUUCUUGAUUAGAGAAAGUGAAACAUUGAAAGGCAGUUACUCCUUGUCUAUUAGAGAUGUUGACCCACAGGCUGGUGAUGUAAUCAAGCACUACAAAAUCAGGACUCUUGACAAUGGGGGUUACUAUAUUUCUCCUCGAAUUACUUUUACUUGCAUCAGUGACAUGAUCCAGCAUUACCAGAAACAGUCCGAUGGCUUAUGCCGAAAACUUGAGAAACCUUGUUUAACGCAAAAACCACAAAAACCAUGGGACAAAGAUGCUUGGGAAAUACCAAGAGAAUCAAUAAAACUAUGUAAGAAGCUUGGAGCUGGUCAGUUUGGGGAAGUUUGGAUGGGUUUCUAUAAUAAUAAUACAAAGAUAGCUGUAAAAACAUUGAAACCAGGAUCCAUGUCUGUACAGGCAUUCAUGGAAGAAGCUAAUCUGAUGAAGACUCUACAACAUGACAAAUUAGUGAGGCUGUAUGCUGUGGUUUCUAAGGAAGAGCCAAUAUACAUUAUUACUGAGUACAUGGCAAAAGGAAGUCUUCUGGAUUUCAUGAAGAGCGAUGAAGGAGGAAAAGUUCUGCUCCCGAAGCUGAUUGACUUCUCUGCUCAGAUAGCAGAAGGUAUGGCAUACAUAGAAAGAAAAAACUACAUCCACCGAGAUCUUAGAGCUGCAAAUGUGCUGGUGUCAGAUUCUCUGAUGUGUAAAAUUGCUGACUUUGGUCUUGCUCGAGUAAUUGAAGAUAAUGAAUACACAGCAAGAGAAGGUGCAAAGUUUCCUAUUAAGUGGACGGCCCCAGAAGCAAUCAACUUCGGCUGCUUUACAAUAAAGUCAGACGUAUGGUCCUUUGGAGUUCUGCUGUAUGAAAUUAUCACAUAUGGAAAAAUUCCUUAUCCAGGAAUGAGUAAUGCUGAUGUAAUGACUGCCCUUCAGCGUGGUUAUCGGAUGCCACGCAUGGAAAACUGCCCAGAAGAGUUGUAUGACAUCAUGAAACAGUGCUGGAAGGAGAAAGCUGAAGAAAGACCAACAUUUGAUUAUUUACAAAGUGUUUUAGAUGAUUUCUACACAGCAACAGAAGUACAAUAUCAACAGCAGCCAUAGCUCAGUGGCAUAGGCUUUUCUGCUAUUGUAUGAUGAAACUGACUGAACUGGUUAUUCCAUCCCUUGUGUCUCUCAAGCACCAAGACAUUCUGAGAAUUUAUGGAAUAACUAUGUCCAGAGAAAAACAUUUUUCUUUUGUAUGGUUUUCUGGAGGUUUGGCACUUCUUUACAUAUAUGGACUAUACAUUUUGGUCAUCAGAUUCAAAAACUCAAUAAAUGAAUGUAUGUAUGUUUGUAUGCAUUGAUUUUAGUGAGCUGAAGUUCAAAUGAAGAAGAUAAUUUGGACAAUCUAGCAGAGAUAGCUUGACAGAGUUACUGUUAAGUAGACAAAUCACUUGUGCAAAUGCAUUCAGUAAACUGAAGAAUUUCUGGUACAGUUGUUAUACACCUUUAUGGGUGUGGCACAUGUUUGACAGAUUAGUGUGUUUAAAUAAAACAAUUUCAAGUCUAAGGCUGAAGGGCUGACAAAUGAGAGUUGGUGUUUGAUCAUUAUACUAAUAUGUAGAAAACCUAUAAUACCUAAUACUUUCCAACAUAAGAAGAAAACGCUGAGUAGCCUACUGACUAAUUUUAAUUUACUAUAAGACGGGGAUCUCCUAGUGAGGUCUGUAAAUUUGUGACAACUCAUGUGUUCAAAGGCAGCAAGCUAGGUGAGUCAUGAUUUGUCAGUUAACAAUUCUUACAUUUGCAAAUGAAAACCCGCAGAAGACUCAGUUUAUUUGAUAUAUAAACCACAUGUAAAUGUCUUAACAUGAUGCAUAAGUUUGUUACUUGUUAUAAUUCUGUCACAGUGAAAUAGUAAGUACCAUUUGAUUUUGUGUAGCCAAACAAUUAUAUCAGAGAGGAAGGUAUUAAUAUUCAAUGUUAUAAUGUUUCAAAGUGAGAGUGAAAGAAAAAUGCUCUUUGUUUUUCAAGUGUAUUUCAUCUUGAUUUAUUUCUAGUUGAAUUAUCAAAUACUGGUCAUUACUUUCAGCAUCAUUGUCCUAAGGUAUUUUUAGCCCCUAAUGUUAUAAUAUGUUGUUUGUUUAUUAUGACACUCUCUUCCAAAUGAUCAAUUAAUAGAAUUAAAAGGAUAUAAACCCAAAAUGUAUAUUUCAUUAUUCAGAUGAGCAUUCAAUUUUAAGCAACUUUCUAAUUUACUCCUAUUAUCAAUUUUACUUCUUUCUCUUGGUAUCUUUAUUUGAAAAAGCAGGCUUGAAAGCUUGGGAGCCGGCCUAAUUUUAGCCACUAAUAAGAAAGUGCUACCCAGGCACUGAACCAAAAAUGGGCUGGAUUCUAAGCUUACAUUCCUGCUGUUCAAAUAAAGAUACCAAGAAAACGAAUAAAAAUUGAUAAUAGGAGUAAAUUAGAAAGGUGCUUAAAAUUGCAUGCUCCUUCUGAAUCGGAAAGAAAAAAAUUGGGUUUAAUAUCCCUUUAAUUUCCAGACGGGUAAGCUUUUAAACAUAGCUUUGUUCUGUCUUAAAUUGAAUAUAUUUUGUUGGUUGACUAGAGAAGAAUCUUUAUGUUAAAGUAAAAUAAAUCGCCUUCCAAUCAAUCACUAUACAUCCCUGGAAAUUAUAGUGUAAAAAUAUAUAAGGAAUAUUUAUUGAAAGGCAAUUGAAUAUGUUGCUGAGUGCAAAUGAUAAAUUUCAAUAUAUGUGAAGCUAAAUACAUUGUUCUUAUUAAAAACUGCAAAGACAACAAAACGUUCUUGUGCAUGAAGUCAUCUGGACCAAAGAUGACAAAAAAACCUCAAAAUAAAAUGUACUUUUUUUUCUGCUCUUCACUUGAAUAUAACUUUAACUUUUUGUUUAAUUUCUGACACAUUUCUGCUUUAGCUGUAAAUGUUUUUUUUAAAGCAGUAAAUAUCGUUUUCAGCAGAUAGUUUUUGUAUUAUUCACAAAGCUGGUGUAAAUAAUGUGAGCAUUUUUUUGGUCUGUAAUCGUGAAAAUCAUUAUUGUCAUGUAAUGUCUCUUUCUUGCAUUUUGAUCACUCCCAUUUGAAUUUCUGUAAUUAAGUUAAAAAGCCAUAAUUAAAUAUUUAAAGCCAA